ACCGGGGGGCGGGGCGGACAGGUCUGGGCGGAGCGGGAGGCGGAGGUGCCGCGUAGGCCCGGGAGGCCGGGCCGGCCGGGCUGCGGGCCCCUGCCCCAUGCGGCGCCGCCGCCUCCCCGCACGAUGUUCCCCUCGCGGAGGAAAGCGGCGCAGCUGCCCUGGGAGGACGGCAGGUCCAGGUUGCUGUCCGGCAGCCUCCCUCGGAAAUGUUCCGUCUUCCACCUCUUCGUGGCCUGUCUCUUACUGGGCUUCUUCUCCCUACUCUGGCUGCAGCUCAGCUGCUCUGGUGAUGUAGGCCGGGCAGCCAGGGCACAAGGGCAGGAGACCUCGGGCCCUCCUCGGGCCUGCCCCCCAGAGCCACCCCCUGAGCAGUGGGAAGAAGACGCAUCGUGGGGCCCCCACCGCUUGGCAGUGCUGGUGCCCUUCCGCGAACGCUUCGAGGAGCUCCUGGUCUUUGUGCCCCACAUGCACCGCUUCCUGAGCAGGAAGAAGAUCCAGCACCACAUCUAUGUACUCAACCAGGUGGACCACUUCAGGUUCAACCGGGCGGCGCUUAUCAACGUGGGCUUCCUGGAGAGCAGCAACAGCACGGACUACAUUGCCAUGCAUGACGUUGACCUGCUCCCUCUCAACGAGGAGCUAGACUAUGGCUUUCCUGAGGCUGGGCCCUUCCAUGUGGCCUCCCCGGAGCUCCACCCUCUCUACCACUACAAGACUUAUGUCGGCGGCAUCCUGCUGCUCUCCAAGCAGCAUUACCAGCUGUGCAACGGGAUGUCCAACCGCUUCUGGGGCUGGGGCCGCGAGGACGAUGAGUUCUACCGGCGCAUUAAAGGAGCUGGGCUGCAGCUUUUCCGCCCCUCGGGAAUCACAACUGGGUACAAGACAUUUCACCACCUGCAUGACCCAGCCUGGCGGAAGAGGGACCAGAAGCGCAUCGCGGCUCAAAAACAGGAGCAGUUCAAGGUGGACAGGGAGGGAGGCCUGAACACUGUGAAGUACCAAGUGGCUUCCCGCACUGCCCUGUCCGUGGGCGGGGCCCCCUGUACUGUCCUCAACAUCAUGUUGGAUUGUGACAAGACCGCCACGCCCUGGUGCACAUUCAGCUGAGUUGGAUGGACAGUGAGGAAGCCUGUACCUACAGGCCACAUUGCUAAGGCUCAGGACAAGGCCUCAGGUCCCGGGCCCAGCUCCGACAGGAUGUGGGGUGGCCACGACCAAGACAGCAAGCUACUCAGUUGCAGCCAGCUGGCUGCCAAGGCGGGCUUGAGCUGGGCCAGGACACGUGGGGUGCCUGGGACGCUGCUAGCCAUGCACAGUGAUCAGAGAGCGGCUGGGGUGUGUCCUGACUGGGAUCCCCCCGCCUUCCUGCUCACCCUACUCUGGCCUCCUUCACGUGCCGAGGCCUGUGGGCAGUGGGGAGGGCUGAACAGGACAACCCCGAUUUUGUUCCUUCCUGCUGGGCCGCCUUGUGCAAAGACACAGCGUAGGGGCCAUGCAGCUGGCGUAGGUGGCAAUUGGGCCUGGGAAGGUUAGAACUCCAGAAACCAGAGCACAAGCCCCACAGAGGGAACAGCCAGCACCGUCUAGCUGGUGGUUGCUGUGCUGGAAUGUGGGCCUAGUGUUGCCAGAUCUUCUGAUUUUUCAAAAGAAACUAGAAUGCUGGAUUCUUACAUGAAAUCUUCUGGUUUUUAAAUGAUAGCACCUAAAUGAAACUUUCAAAAAGUAUGGCAGGCCAGA